GUAUAAAAGGAGAGAGGAGAGAGUUCUCAAGCUUUGCUGUAUGUCCCGGGAUGAGCGGGGUGUGUGAGGAUGUGAGUGCCAGUGUGUGGAUGCUGGACUCGGACUGUUUUCUCACUUGACUCUUGAUAAGUAGCUUCUAAGAUGAACCUGGCUCCAUCCUGGCACCUCUCACUGCUCCUCCUGAGUGCUCUAACAGGUGUGUACGGGAAGAGAAUCAUCGGGGGUGCAGAGGUGAACCCAUACUCCGUCAAGUAUCAGGCCUCCCUCCUGUUCAUGAACCAUCACUUCUGUGGAGGCACCCUCGUCCACCCGCAGUGGGUGGUGUCUGCUGCCCACUGCUGGAGACCGAGGCACCUGAUCCAGGUGGUCCUGAGUGAGCACAGCAUCUACAAGCUGGAGGGCUUUGAGCAGAGGUUCGAUGUCUCCUUAGUCGUCAGGCACUACCAGUACCAACACUGGACGUUUGACAAUGAUAUCAUGCUGAUAAAGUUGGACCGUCCAGCUAUCAUCAAUGCCAGGGUCGAGCCGGCCUCUUUGCCCGACCCAGACUUACCGCCUUUGGCCGACCUUGCCCAGUGCACAGUCAGCGGCUGGGGUGUGACCUGGCUCAACAGCUACAGCCUGUCACCUAUGCUGAGGUCCGUGGAUGUGAACAUCUUUGACAACUGCAGGCAGUACUACUACUUCAGGGUAACAGACAACAUGGUCUGUGCUGGCUCUCACUUUGGUGGGAAAGACUCCUGUCAGGACUGGGGUUAUCUCCAGGUCGGAAAAGUGAAGCCAAUGUGGAAGUGCCUUAAACCUGCAUUCUUGCUAAUGGACAGCGGGGGGCGACUCCAAUGGUCGCAAAAAGAGGGUGACUCAGGAGGACCUCUUAUCUGUAACGGUAAACUUGAGGGCAUUGUAUCCUGGGGCAUCGGCUGUGCUUAUGCUUACUACCCUGGCGUCUACACUAAGGUCAGAAACUACCUCGCAUGGAUCAAUUGGGUCAUCCAGAACAGAUAAUGAGACUCUUAAUGACAAACUCACCUAAAACUCUACUGUGAUGAAGAUUGGAAUGGAUCCUUGUUGACCCUGAGGUCCUAUUUUGGGUUGUCUUCUAUCCAGUAGUUUCAUAUAAACAUGAAUAUAUUUGCUAAGAAGAAAUAAAUACACCCCAAAACACAAGCAGGUAAAAAUACACAGUGAAGUCACUUUUAAAAAAGGGUUAUUUUGAAAUAAAAGUCUGGGAUAUACUACCACAACUAAAUGCACUUUGUAUUUUGUAGUUAUUCUACUGUGUUUGUAGUGUUUUUAAGAAAUGAUAGAAAACCAUGUCACUCAUUUUGGGAAUCACUUCAGGGAUCAUUUUGCUCUUUAAAGCUUCCAUUUCUCCACUGACACAGAGCUCAAAGAGAAGCUGGACUUAAUAAUAAAGAGACAUAUUUUCUCAAACUGUCUCCUCUCUUAUUGCCCAACUAUCACACUGAAACGUGCAGUAGAUCAUGAACCACACAAAUUAUGAAAAUUCUCUUGCGCAAACUUUAGUCAUAUAGGUGAGUCACAUCAUCCUGUCUGAACUUCCUGUAUAUAUGUCACAUCCACACAAACUGAAUAAUGGCAACAAAAAC